AUGUUUUUCGACGAUGAAGAAAACAGCCUUGCCCAGCGAGAAAUAUUGCAAGCCUUUAGUCAAGAAAUCCUUGCUCUCGGUUCAAAUUUUGAUGUAUCAUUUGGUAUAAGGAAUAUACCAACGCAUACAGAAGAUGGAAUACCUAUCAGAAAGCUUUAUGUAUCCAAUUUACCUCCAAAAACCACGCGAACGGAACUUUUCGGUGUUUUUGCUCAAUAUGGAUUUAUCAAGAGCUGCUGGCUACGAAUGGGGGAUAAAGGACCAAACAGAACUCCGACACCUACAUAUGCAUUUGUAACAUUUAUUAAUCCUGAUGAUGCACACAAGGCUUUGCAAGCUCCUUAUCAUGAAAAACAACUCCGAGGACGCAAUUUACGGAUUUCACCAGCUGAUAGUUGGCACCAACCAGCUGAAGAUGCUGAUGGCAGAGUAUGCUGGAAGCCAAAUAGUCAGCGACAAGAAGAAAAUAAUGCGUCACCUAGCGGCAAUGAUGGUGAACAACACAAUGAUGUACCUAUACAAGACUCACCUAGUAACACAGAAAAGGAUACAGAUGAUUCAAACACACUAGCAAAUGAGCAACAACAGGGCUUCUCUGAAGCUGAUUCAGGCUUCAACAUAUUGGAUAUACUUAACAGAGAUUGCAUGCAUCAUGUGCUCAGUUAUGUACCUAUAAGAGACCUUAUCCGUUCAGAAAGAGUUAGCAAGAGAUGGCAAGAUCUGAUCCAAGAAUUUCUUCUCGGCGUGCGCAUCUUCAAAACGUCUUGGUGGCAGCAUGUGCCAGUCACUUUAACAACUGCCGUGCUUCGGCGAGUAUUGCAGAAACUAGGCGGCUCUAUAACUCGGCUUCACAUUGACCACAACUGGACCGCGCUCAACGAUCGCACAGCACACACUGUUGGCAAAUUCUGUCCAAACCUUGAGGAGUUAAAGGUGGUUGGGAUGCAUACGAAGAAUUGGAAUCCACUUAUUUAUGGUUGCAAACAAUUAAAACACCUGUCCUUUAUAUCAUGUAAUAAGCUUACAGAUUCUAGUCUCGUGCAAAUAGUGAAAAGCGAUUCCUCCAUAGAAAGUUUGACUGUAGCAAACAACACCCAUGUAACUGGGCUGUUCCUUACCGGAUCCAACCCGCAGAAGCUGUCCUCUCUUGCAUUUUACAAUUGCUACAGUCUUCAAGGUGCCGUGUUGACUGCAGCGAUAGAGUCAAUGCCGUGUAUUACCGCGCUCAAACUGGAUGCCUGCCCUGUUACAAUGUGGAAGAUUAUUCCCCUAAUACUCAAAAAAGUGCCAAACCUGCAAGAGCUAUCACUCAGUGAAUACACUUCUUUAGAUAUAGGCCUCAAACACUAUGAUAAUGAAAUGUUCUGUGAAUCUCUCUCAAAAUUAACAGAGUUAAGAAUUUUGAAUCUGAGUAGAAACAUUUACAUUACCAAUGCUGUACUGAAACAAGUGGCGCAGUCGUGUCCUAAGUUAACAGCAUUGAAUACAUCCAGCUGUAAUUCAAGGAGGAGUUUUUCUCAUGCAGGUGUGGGCGACGAGGGCAUCUCCGCCAUUUGUCGUUCGUGUUUGGAUCUGUCGCGGUUGGACGUGUCAUACCUGGCGGCACUGAGCGACAACGGGCUAGCUGCAGCGGCUCGGCUCAUUUCGCUCACAUCUCUCACUGCGCGAGGCAACGCUGCCCUUUCCGCGCAGCCGUUCGCUCUCUGCCUCGCCUCGUGCCACUAUCUCAAGGAAAUCGAUGCUUGCGGCUGUGACAACGUAUCGGAGGAAGUGGUGACUGCAGCCGUGGAGGAACUUGGUACCCAUCCGAGACCUCUUGUGUUGAGACUUGCAGCGACUGCGGCUGCGAAUGUAGAGGAAUUUCCAACGCAUAAGUUGCUAACUGUGAACACCUAUGAAGACCACAGUAACCCCCACUUGCGCCCCGACUUUGUAGAUCGCAUGUUCGAGGACAGCUCCGACGAUUCUUUCGAGGAUCUCUACGACCCUGAUGAAUUCGACGAUUUCCUAGCAGCAGAUGAAGAUGACUUUUUGGACGAUGAGGAUGAUUUAGAAGAUUUUGAAGGCUUGUAUAGAUUGGGACUUCACGGACCUGACCUCCUGCUUUUGUGA